UAACAUCCCACUUCCGGCAAUUUUACGAUAGACCACUCUCGAACCGACUUUUCCAUGGUGACACGAAAAUGGCUGACGAUCAGGUGACCACAGCUUUGUCUGGGGAGGCUAUUGCUGAUCCUCAAGAAGGUGGACUAGAGAUGCCAGACAACAUUCAGAAACUAAUAAUGAAUGAGAAAGAGACCAACGAAAGCCCAGCAAAGCGGUCAAAAGUGGAAUUGCAGUCUCUUCCAACACGAGCCUACCUGGAUCAAACAGUUGUGCCAAUACUGUUGCAGGGGAUGUCUGUUUUGGCAAAAGAAAGGCCACCAAACCCUAUUGAGUUCCUAGCAGCUUUUCUUUUGAAAAACAAAAAUCAGUAUGAGUGAUCUCAGCAGCACAAAUACUCCAGUUAUACGUUUAUCAAUCAUCCUUGUAAUUUCUUUUUGUUCAUUGACACGAAUGAGAAAGCUGCUUGAUAUUUACUUGUUUUAAAUUAGGGAGAUAAUAAAUAAAAUGUUUAUUGCUUCUUGUAAUGACAUGUAUUUGACUCUUGAGAGGAAGGAGGGAGAAAGAGCACUUGUAUGCAAGCUAGAGAAAAUGUAUUACUUUUUCAAGCAUAUUUACAACUGUAUGACACAAUUUGUUUUUGAGCUUCGUACUUUAAGCAUUCCAAAAUCUACUAGACAUUCUCAUUGUUUUAUAGUUAAGUCCUCUUUACUGAAUGCUGUCCUAUGAAUUUUUCUUUUUCCUUUGGCGAUGGUAAGUUCCAAAUAUAUAAAAUGCUUGUUUGGAAAUAAAAAAUUCAUGUUUAA